CGUUGGGUGCUCCCUUCUCUGGCCACACCCUGGUUCUGACAAUUAGUAUGACAAGUAUGAAGACUAUGUAAAUAUGAGCUAGACAUUAAUGCGUUUGAAUAUUGCGCACGAAAUAGAAAUAUUUAAAAUAACUGCUCGUUAUAGAAAUGUAGUUUGAUUAUGGAAGAUUUCUAUUUUUUUUAAUUAAAGGUUUUUAGUGUCUCUUCAGCGAUAUUAGAAGCUGAGUUGAAUUUCAUACAUUAUACGGAAAUGAGCCAAAAUUAAGCUCUUAACAAUAUGAGUAUUUCAUUUCGAAUGUUCUCAUUUCAUCGGUGUUUCUAACGAACUUGCUGUUCUGCUUGGAAGGAUGACCAUUUUAAGUUGAAAGGGAAUGACAUCACACUCACACCUGCAAAAUUGAGAAUGUCUAAUGAAGUGGAUUCCUAUGUUUGAACUUCAAUUUUGGAGCACAGCUGUAGACGCAGGACCAAUGCCAUCUGGUGUGAUUCCACAGAGUUGAAUGUGGCAGGGAGAAAAUUUACCCAGCAUGUGCCAUACACGGGCUUUUCUGGGAAUGAGAAGGUGCCAGGAUUUGUUUUUGGUUCACUUGCAGGGGCAGAAACUUGGAACUAGGUUCCAAGAUGGCCGCUGCAGCUCCAGGCAAGAAGAAGGAGGAAGCCCAAAGGGAAAAGAAGGUUGUGUUAGCUGAGUCUGCUUUCUCUUAAAGAACUUCAGCAAUUCAACAAUUUUCACUGACAUCUCAAUGGUCAGAGUUAUGUCACUUACUACUGCUAUCUGCAAGGUUGCCUGA